CUUACACUAAAAAUAACAGGUUGGGAUUCCUAAGAAGCUGGUCUAUAUUGCUCUCUAGUGGUCGACGACAGAUACAGCACCUUUCCUUUCCCGCCCACAGCGGAAAUUACGUCAGCAGACUUCCGGGACGCCACACAUUGAUAAACAUGGCGUCCGUGACAACAGCCACCUCCGAGUGGAUUCAGUUCUUCAGGGAGGCUGGGAUCCCUGCCGGGCUCGCUGUAACCUACGCCGUUUCCUUUGCGGACAACCGGAUCCAGAAGAACAUGCUGAUGGACUUGAGCAAGGAGAUCAUGAUGGACCUGGGCAUCACGGUCAUCGGAGACAUCAUCGCGAUCCUGAAGCAUGCUAAACUGGUCUACAGACAGGACAUGUGCAAGAUGGCCACUGAAGCCAUCACCUCAGGACAGACCAGCGUCCAGGCAGAACUCCGCCGGACAGCCCACACCCCCGCCACGCGUAUGAUCGCCAACGCCCUGAGCCGGGACUCGCCCCCCAGCACGCCCAACCGACGCCCGGACAACCGUCUCCCGGACAACCGCCUCCCGGACAACCGUCUCUCCGUCACCGUGUCCAACAAACAGGCCAGCAAGAGCGGGAAAACAGUCGUAACCCAGCCUGCGGACGAGGGGAAAGGCUUGCCUGCCGUGAAACGACGGCGUGUAACCGCGGAGAUGGAAGGCAAGUACAUCGUCAACAUGCCCAAGGGUACUACAGCGCGCACACGCCGCAUCUUGGCCCAGCAGGGGAGGAAAGGCUCCAAGCGGAUGUCUGUGUUCGAGCGGCUCGGCGCGGAGGCCAAGGCGGACGCGACCAACACCAGCGGCACCAAGCCCUCCGGGGUGUUCAGCCGUCUGGGUCGGGGGGGGGCCGAGGAGGCGGAGCCCCGUCCCGCUCCUGGCGGGGGGGGCUCGGCUAGCGCCAGCCAGGAGGAGGAGGAAGAGGAGGAGGAGGAGGAGGGGGAGGACAGCGACGGAGAGGGCUCCGUGCUGCAGUACGCCGGCGUCCUCAAGGCGAGCCGCGCCCCCGCCCCGCCCAAGAAGAAACAGGCCCCGCCCAAGGCCCCGCCCACCGCCAUGCGCCGCCUGGGGGGCAAGUUCAAGCACCCGGCCGGGGCCCCCCCGGCGGCCCCGUCCUCCACGGGGCCCCCGCCCAAGCUCAGCGUGCUGCGGCGGCUGGGGAAGCUCCCCGCCGCCGCCGCCGCCGCCGCGGGGCCCGACAUGCAGGACAACAGGGUGAGCAGCACCCGGCCGCGGCCCCUGGCCAGCCCCAAGGUGAGCAGCACCACGGCGGCCCCCCCGGCCGGCGACUGCCUGGGGGCCCAGAUGGACGCGGGCUCCGUGAGCGUCUUCAGGAGGCUGGGCUGCAAGAACACUUAGGGGCCCCCAGGGCCCCCCCCCCCAGAGGGAGCCUGACGGGGUUAUGUUUAGUAUUCUUACUGGUGAACCGUUCCCCCCCGGUCGUGGUGUCUGUGGCUUUGUGGUCAGGUCUUGUCGUUACUUUGAGCAGACGUCGGGGCGAUCUGGUGGCGUGUUUUCUUUGUUGACUGCCCAGCGCUGUUUGCGCGUCUUGUUCACUCCUGAAGCCGACUGAAGGAAGGUCACGUUGUGGCGCACACACUCGGCUUCACUAAAGGCUCCGGGGGUUCAUCACUCCAUCGCACACUCCUUCCUGGGUAUUUUAUGUUAGCGUUAUUAAGGCAUGGGCUUCCCGCUUAUGACGGGUUUAGCAUCCGAUGUACCGUAUAACUGAGUUUUGUUGUAGAAGAAGAUAAGGCUUCCUAGAAUGCGUUAUAAGGAAGACAGAAAUAUUUUUGUUUUUAAGCAGUACGACCCCCUCAGAGAAAACACGUUUUUCACUUUAUAUUAUAGUGCUCCUCUUACUCAAGUCCCCCCCCCCCCCCCUCCCCCUCCCCCCCACGCAGCGAGUUCAGGAGAAAGUAAAAAGCUUAAGUGGAAUGGUGCUGAUGAAAAGCGCUCAACGCGAAUGCCUCUGGACCUGAAAGAAACGACAUUCAGAAGAACCUGCGAGCACACUCGAAUAAGAGGACCCACCCGACAAGAACCACGGCACACCGUCCUCUGCGGCCGGAACACCGCAGCACAGCUCCCCCUAGCGGCCACUUUUCUACCCCGGUCCGCCCCUUUAUAAGAGCGGCUAACGAGGCCCGUAGACACGGUUUAUAUCCAUCAGGUUUAUACACUUUACAUGGUUUCACAGAGCAGGAACUUCACUCUCAAUUGUUGUGUAUAUUUUGUUAUUACUCCUUUAUUGUGUUUUGGGAGGACAGUACGGUAUCUGCGAAAAUGAUCCUUUAAAUCGACGUCUCCCCCGGACCAGAAGACCCUGGGCCGGGCCGACCGCAGCGUCAGAGCACGAGAUCACACCCGGACAUGUGUUGCUGUAACUUUCAACAAAAAAAAACAAGUCUGAAACAAUCGUGUACGUGAUGAUUCUGUUUAAGAGAAAGAUUUGAACACAAAA